AUGACAGAACUCAACGCCCUCCCCAAGGACCCACUUCUGUCUCAAGGCCAGAAAGAUGUUUUAUCCGGCACCAUCGGCGGCAUAGCUCAAGUCCUAGUCGGUCAACCACUCGACAUUCUCAAAGUUCGACUUCAAACUUCCCCUCCAGGCACCUACACUGGUAUGGCCGAUUGUGCUGCGCGGAUCGUUAAAAAUGAAGGCCCUUUUGCAUUCUACAAAGGCACUCUGACUCCUCUUUUGGGAGUUGGUGCUUGUGUUAGCAUUCAGUUCGGUGUUGUUGAGGCUCUGAAGAGAUAUUUUGUUCAGAGUAACAAAAAUGCUGGGUGUUUGACUGGAGAGUUGUCUUACGGUCAGUUUUAUCUAGCAGGUGGAAUCGCAGGCGUAGCAAACUCAUUCGUCGCUGGACCAGUGGAACAUAUUCGAAUUCGACUUCAAACUCAACCUUCACCUCCGCUCUACCGUGGACCAAUCGAUUGCAUCAGACAGAUCUCAACUCAAGCUGGCCUCUUCAGCGGUGUUUAUCGCGGCCAACUGCCAACUUUCGCAAGAGAAUUUCACGGAAUGGGAAUGUAUUUCCUAACAUACGAAGCUCUGGUCCAGUAUAAACUGAAAUCUUGCAAUCUCACAAGGGAUCAGUUGCCAGGAACAUAUGCAAUGUUUGCCGGCGCCAUGGCAGGGUAUGGUCUCUGGCUCACAGCUUAUCCGGCUGAUAUUAUCAAGUCUAAGUUACAAACAGAUGCUCUAAGGAAGGAGGAUAGGAGGUAUAAAGGCCUUCUGGAUUGUGUGAAACAGACAUAUAGGGGAGAUGGCGUGAAAGGGUUCUUCAGAGGUUUGUUACCGACGUUGGUUAGAAGUCCAUUUGCUAAUGCGGCUACCUUUGUCGCUUUUGAGUUUGCUGCUAGGAACUUGCGAAAUGUUUAG